AUGAAUGGUUUCGUUCAUCACUGAAAACUUGGAAGCAAAAUAAAAAAAAAAACGUUUUUUUUUGUUUUAAAAUUUUUGAAAAUCAAUUUUUUUUCAAUCAUUCAAAAUGGCCGGAUCUUAUCUGGAACAAUUUGUUGAAAGUAUACAAUCAUUACCAUGUGAUUUGGCUCGAAAUCUAAGAUUAAUCAAUUUUCUGGAUACUCGUGUACAUGAAUUUGUUGAUUCGGCUGAAGAUCUUUCGAAUAAAUAUGUUAAAGAUGCUAAUCAAUUAUCAUCGAAUGAAAGAAAUGAAUAUUUUAAUCAAAUAAUGGAAUAUAUGGAUAAAGCACAACAUUUGACUGAUGAAAAAAAAGAAUUAGCUCAUCAAAUUUAUAAUAUGGUUGAUAAACAUAUCCGACGUUUGGAUACUGAAUUGGCUAAAUUUGACAUUGAACUAGAUAGCCAAGGUGAUGAUCCAAAAGAUAAUCUACCAUCAUCAAAUAGUACGAAUCAAACGAAUACAACACUGAAUAAAAAGAAACGUACAAAAUCAUUGUCAGCAUCAGCAGCAACAACAGCGACAGCAACAUCAUCGUUAUCAUCAUCAUCAUCAUCAACGACAACAUCAAAUACAAAAGAAUCAAAAUCAUCUACACAAAAACAUAGUAAUAAUAAUGAUCAUCAUAAUCAUCAUCAUUCAGAUACGGAAAAUAUACCAAAAAAACGACAAGCUAUCGAUAAUCAAUUAUUAACAACAACAAUGAAUGGAUUAACAACAAAAGGCAAAAUGAUUACAUCAACCGAAUUAAUGGAUAUGGAAGUUGAUCCAAAUGAACCAUUAUAUUGUAUUUGUCAUCAGGUUUCAUUCGGUGAAAUGGUCGGAUGUGAUGAUCCAGAUUGUCAAAUUGAAUGGUUUCAUUUUGCAUGUGUUGGUCUAACAUCAAAACCAAAAGGAAAAUGGUAUUGUCCACAAUGUACAAUCAAACGAAAAAAAUGAAUGAUUGAAUAUUCAAACGAUUGUUUUUCAAUUUUGAAUGAAUAACUUCAUUUACCACCGUGUUUACCAUAUAAAUAAUCAAU